AUGUUGAGUGAGCAGGAUAUUGAAAAAUGUCGUUUUGUGCCGAUGAGUACUUUACAAAGAGUCAUUGAAUCAUUGGACUCUCCAAAUCCCGAGCCUGACAGAAAGUGUAAACGGAACCUUCUACAGUUACAAUUGAACGGCAGCUCCUGUGAGAGUGAUCUGAGACAGAAGAAAUGGCGGCAUAAGUUUCAGCUGGCUAUAAGCCGGUCAAUAUACUCCCAUAAUUGGGAUAAACUUUUAUAUCUCUUAAAGAAAUCUCCAAUAUGGGAGCAUAAAACUGAUAGGUUGGAUGAGCUGUCUUUGUACUUAAGGGCCUUAACAAUUCUGCUUAUGAACCACCCCUAUGCCAAAGCGCAUUCCCUGUUGAGUGAUUACUUCCAUAUGAAUGCUCUCGGUCUCCCAGUAGCCAAGGCCAUGAUAUCGGAAGACGGGGAGGUAAUUGAGUGGAAGCAUAAUUUGGUGCUGGACGGACCAGCAGAGUCUUGGCUCCUUGCUUUAGAGCAUACAAUGAGGGUUGUCCUGAGGGAGAUCCAAUGGACCUCCGACUGCACUCGGACGCUGUGCCGCUGCGAGAUUAUGAAGGAGAAGAAGCCGAUGAAGAGGCUGCGGAAGAAGCAGAACCAGAUCCUGGCCACGCUGCAGGCGAUGUCGCGGAAGGAGAUCACGAGGAUACUGCGCUGCAAAGUUAACGCGCUCUGCGUUAUCGAGAUCCACUCGAGGGACUCCGUGGACAGGAUGUACAAGAUGGGGUGCAUGUCGGUGACGGCCUUCGAGUGGUUCUCCCAGCUGAAGUUCAACUGGGACCGAGAGCGCGAGGACUGCUACAUUCGGCAGACCAACACGAGCUUCAUCUACACCUACGAGUACAUCGGCAACUCGGGCCGGCUGGUCAUCACGCCGCUGACGGACAGAUGCUACAUAACGCUGACCACCGCGCUGCACCUGUAUCGCGGCGGCAGCCCCCAGGGCCCGGCCGGCACCGGCAAGACGGAGACGGUCAAGGACCUGGGCCGGGCCCUGGCGCGCUGGGUCGUCGUCACCAACUGCUCUGACGGCCUGGACUACAAGUCCAUGGCGAAGUGUUUCGCUGGUAUUGCCCAAAGCGGCUGUUGGGGCUGCUUCGACGAGUUCAACCGCAUCAACAUCGAAGUUCUGUCGGUUGUGGCGCAGCAGAUACUCGCCGUACUGCAGGCGCUCUCCCUGCAGCUGAAGAGGUUCAUCUUCGAGGGUUGUUGCGAGAUCACCAAACCCCUGGACGUCUCGACCACACAAGCCGAUGUUAAUUUAUCAUACGCCGGACGCACUGAGCUACCGGACAAUUUGAAGUCCAUGUUCCGUCCGAUCGCAAUGUGCGUUCCGGACUCGCUCAUCAUCGCCGAGAACACUCUGUUCUCUGACGGAUUCACCACCUACAAGAUCAGCGCCAAGAAGGUGUUCACGCUGUACCAGCUGGCCAUGCAGCAGCUGUCGAAGCAGGACCACUACGACUUCGGCCUCAGGUCCAUGGUGGCGCUCCUCCGCUACGCCGGCGUGAAGCGACGCGCCUACUCAAACCUUCCAGAGCAGCAGAUUGUCAUCCUCGCCAUGCGCGACAUGAAUGUGGCUCGGCUGACGGCCAAGGACGUGCCGCUCUUCGCGGGAAUCAUGCAGGACAUCUUCCCCGACGUGGAGGUGCCCACCCUGGACUACGAGAUGCUGGAGACGGCCAUCUCGGCGGAGAUGAAGAGCGUAGGCCUACAGCCGGUGAAGGCGGCGCUGCUUAAGGUCAUACAGACUUACGAAACGAAGAACUCGCGCCACUCGAGCAUCCUGCUGGGCGACACGAACACCGCCAAGUCGGUCUCGUGGCGGAUGCUGGCCGCCACCAUCAGCCGGCUGCACGGCCAGGGCGUGCCCGGCUUCCAGCACGUGCAGCUGCACCCCAUGAAUCCCAAGGCGCUCACCCUCGGCGAGCUCUACGGCGAGUACAACCUCGCCACGGGCGAGUGGAAGGACGGCGUGCUCUCCGCCAUCAUGAGGACCGUGUGCCAAGACGAAUCGCCGGAUCAGAAGUGGAUCAUAUUCGAUGGACCGGUCGACGCCAUCUGGAUAGAGAAUCUGAACUCAGUUAUGGACGACAACAAACUCUUGACGCUCGUCAACAGCGAGAGGAUAUCAAUGCCGUCGCAAGUGUCCCUGCUGAUAGAGACCCUGGACCUGUCGGUGGCGUCCCCGGCUACCGUUUCCCGCAACGGCAUGGUGUACAACGACUACCGCGACUGGGGCUGGUGGCCUUACGUCAACUCCUGGCUCGACACCGUGGAUGACCUGGAGUACCACGACAUGUUUGGCCAGCACUCGUGUGGGUCUCGGUCUGCCCUCGUCCGAGAGUGCCGGUCCGGUGGCGGGUGGGUAUUGAGGGUCGGGGCGCGGCAGCUGCGGCGCCACUUCCAGGCCAUCCUGGGCCCCGUGCUGGCGCUGAAGCGGCAGCUGGCGGAGGGCCUGCGCGGCCACGAGCUGAGCGGCGUGCGCGCCCUCUGCCGCCUGCUGCCGCGCGCCGCGCCGCCGCCCUCACCCUCGCCCGACGACGACUUGGAGGUCUUCACCAAGAUGCGCUUCCUCUUCGCCCUGAUCUGGUCGGUGUGCGCCACCCUGGAGGAGGAGGCGCGCCGCCGCCUGGACAACUGGGUGCGCGAGCACGAGGGCGUGUUCCCCCUCAAGGACACGGUCUACGACUACUACCUGGACGAGCGGCUGAGGCAGUUCCGCCCCUGGGAGGACCGCCUGCCCGACAACUGGCGCUACAACCCCAGUCUGGGCUUCCAUACUAUCCUGGUGCCAACGGUCGAGUUCAUCCGAGUCCAGGUCAUAACCUUGGAAUUGCUGAAACAAGGCCAUGGAGUGCUGAUCGCUGGAUCCACCGGUACAGGAAAAACGUUUCUCAUCCAAGGCACCCUCUCCCAACUGGACCCGGAAAGAUACAGCAACCAGGUUAUAAACAUGUCGGCGCAGACCACGGCCGCCAACGUCCAGGACAUGAUAGAGGCCAGGCUCGAGAAGAGGACGAAAGGGAACUACGUGCCAGCGGGAGGCAAGAAGAUGAUUGCGUUCAUGGACGACAUCAACAUGCCGGUGAAGGACGAGUACGGCUCGCAGCCGCCGCUGGAGCUGGUGAGGCUGUGGCUGGACUACGGCUACUGGUUCGACCGGCAGAAGCAGUGGAGGAAGAACGUCAAGGGCAUGGUGCUGUGCGGCGCGGCGGGCCCCCCGGGGGGCGCCAGGAGCGAGCUGCCCCCCCGCCUGCUCUCCUGCUUCCACGCCUUCUUCCUGCCGCCGCCCACGCACCAGCAGCUCGUCAACAUCUUCGGCACCAUGCUGGCGCAGCACCUCGUCGACUUCGACGAGGAGACCAAGACCGUCGGUGGGUACUCGAUUGGACUGGGAGAGAGAGAGGGAGAAGAGAACGAGAGACGGGGAGAAGAGGCUUGGACGAUU